AUGAGCUUGUUUGAAAAGGACCACGAGGUUUCCAAAACCAAGAGAAGACAUACCAUCGGUUACAAAGGGAUCUUGAAAGAGAUCUCUUCAAAUAACAACGAACCACCAUCAAAGAAAAUAAAAAGACGUGUUAGUUUUGCUCCUGAAGUGACAUUGCACAAGAUAAGCAUCGUACCCCAAUUCGCGUCGAGAUCGUCUUCAAUCUCGCUGGUAAGCGACAGUGAAAACAAACAGAAACCAGAAGAAAAAGAAAACCUUCAUAGCGAUGAUCCUACAGAUGAUGAUAACGGGGAAAUUCAGCAAAAUCCACCUUCCAAUGAGCUUCUUACCAAGAAUUACAAUAAUGGUAAUGAUGCGGAUGCCCCACAAGUGAAUCAUGAUGACGAUCCUGGCGGCAAAUUUGCUGAUUCGGAUAAUAUUAAUCUCGGGGAAAUAUUCGAUCCUCUUAAAUACAAUGGUGCUAAACGAAGUUCAAAACCUUCCGAUGAUAAUCAAAAUGACAAGAAUGAAAAGAAUAAGGAAAAUUGUAAUGAUGAACCGCGCUUUCAAAAAAUUGAGUUGGCGGUUCAAACUUCACCCAAGGAUUCAAAGAAAGAAGCUCAAGAUUCUUCUGCAAAUGAUGAAGAAAUGUCUAUGGAAUUUACUGAAAGCUUUAAGAAAGUUUCUAAUCCAAUACUCCGAACUUUUGAUUACCCAGGUGAGGAUGACGAUGUCAGUGUUGCAGAUGAAGAGAUGACCAAAGAGGUCACUAUGGAGAUUACUAAAGUAUUUAAAGUUCAUGGUGUACAAAACCAUACUAAUUCUGUGCCAAGUCAUGAGAAGGAAAAACGGGAAGAAGAGAACAAAGCGGAAGCCGAAAUGGAUGGGGAGGAAGAACAAGAACUUACAGAAGAAAUAACAAUGGAACUUACUAAAACUAUUAGAUUUCCAAAAACUAGUGGGGCAAGUCUAAUUCAGAAACCAAAAAUUCAGUCUCAGCAGCAAACGUUUAAUCAAAAUGAAAACAGGAACACUCAAUAUGAUGAGGAUGUAUCGAAGGAAGUCACCAUGGAAAUCACAAGUGCUCUUAAAGCGCCAAAUCCAUCUAAAGAAGGCUUCAGUUCUGAAACGCAAAAUAAUCUUUAUGAUGAUAAUAUUGAAGAUGAUUUUGAAGAUGAGCAAACUAUGGAUAUGACAAAACCUCUUAGUAAAAUUAAGCCUAUCCUGUUGAACCCGAUUGAUUCUAAUUUCCAACAACUGAAAGAGACUGCUAGAAACAACGAAGAGAAAGGGGAAGAAUCAAAUAAAACUGUGGAAGAAGAAAUCACAAUGAAUUUCACGAAACCAGUUUCAUCAGUGCUCGUACCUAGUACGGUUACAGAAAAGCCGGUUGAUGAGAAGCUUAGUGAAGAAACUUGCAGUGAAGAAAAGCAUAUUGAAGAAAAACCGGUUGAAAAUGAAGAAUAUAAAGCGAGUGGUGAGGAUGCUAUCCAAACUGCAGAGGAUGUAAUAAUCGAACAGAAUAAAGGAGACGAAAAUAUUCUGAACGAAUCUAUCCAUAAUAUUGAGGAAGAGAAUAAACUUUCCACUGCCCCAAAUGCAGAAAAGGAUAAUGGAAAUGACUCUCAAAAUGAAGCAUCUAAAGAAGACAGUGAUAGUAAAGAAUUAUCAAUAAGUGAGGCUGAUAAGACUAUGGCAUUUGGAUCACCAGAGAGAAAUCCUAUAGGAAAUCAGGAAGGGAUUGAAAUACUAAAUGAUGAAGUUCAUGAAGCUAUGUUUGACGAAAAUGAGCAAGAAGAUGAAGAUUCUGACAUUUAUCCUGAUGAAAAAACUAUGUCAAACACCAUCGCAAACAGUAUGCUAUGUAAAUCAGCAGCUCCUAUCACUUCAUCUCCAAUCAAAAACGUUCAUGAUGAUCAGGGUGAGCUACCAGUUGUGGCAGUCCAAUUUCACAACGAGGUCUUAGGUAGCCCCGUUAAUUUUGGUUUGAAAGCUUCGUACGGAUCGCCAAAAAGACAGAAGGACAUUGUUGAAAAGGCUGCAGAAAGGACUUUACCACCACCAUCUCAUCUAUCAGGCUCGCCGUUGAGAAAAGCUCUCUCUAGACAAUCAUCCAUGAUGAACGAAGAUGGAUCGCCACUUAGAAAUUCUAUUCCUAAAUUACCUGCGUUAAAUUUUAAAGAUCAAGAGAUUUUGAAAUCAUUGCCGAAAUUGAAAAGAAAAAGAUUGAGUUUGCCUGAAUUGCCUAGCUCUGAAAACAAAUCUGUGAAAAGAGUGAAAUUAAACAACAAUAAGAAGCAUUCAUCUAAAAGACAAACUAUUAGUUUUGGAACCAAAGAUUUGAAAAAUAUUGACACAAUUAAUGAGGAAGAAGAAAACAGCAGUAGAAUGGAUUUGGGUGAUUCAUUCAUUGAGGCAGCAUCAAGAGCUCCUGUUGAUGGUUGGGAUAAAGAUCAAAGUGAAAUUGUUGCGGAUCUAAGCCAUGAGAGUCAAGAUGAUUAUGAACCUAUUUCAGUUGAGCAGUUUUUACAGGAAAUCAAUGUCAAAUUUUUUGAUGAUAUGAAUCAUGCAACUAUACUUUCAACGUCAUUGCUACCAAAAAAUGAAAAAUGUGAUCAAGCGCCAGGUCAACUAGAAUACGGAAGAAGUAAUGAGCAGCUUUCGAAACUAGAGUUGCUAACUUAUGGUUGCAAAGAGUUAAAAAAGUAUAUCAAGGAAGGGCAGGAAUUUUUUAGCGACUUAUCGAAAGAAAUAUCCGAGGUAAACCCUAGUACCAUGAAAGAGUUCUUUAAUUCAACUAAAGAAGUUAAGAGUAGCAUGAUUGAGCAAUUUCAUGUUAGCAAAACCUAUGCGAAGCUUGAAGCUAGAAGUGACUGGUAUAAUUGGAAGAGCCAGUUAAUCGAUGAUAUUAUUGUUGUAAUGGAAAAGAGGUUGAAAGAUCUAGAGAAGCAAGAUAAAGUUUUAACUGAAAGAAAGAAUGAAUACUUAGGUUUAUAUUCUAAGCUUAAUCAAAAACUUGCAGACAUUGAGAAGAAAUUUUACCAAAUGAAUUUUCAGAACAGUUUUAUAAAGAAGAAUAAUAGUGCUAAAGAUGAGCUUUUGGCGUUAAGAAAGGAAUUGGUAGAGACUACUGAUCAAAGCUGGGAAAUCCAACGCAAUCUUGAAGAAUUACAAAACCUUUCUGAGUAUCUCCUGAAGGAGAUUGAGGUAAAAAUGCGUGAAAUUGAGAAAAUGAGGCUUUUGAUAAAGAAUAAUGAAAAAGAAUAUGUUCUUAGCAAAAGUUUAGAGUCAAAGGAGGUGUCCAAAGCUCUAAAAAUAGUUGAAUCCUUGAUUAGACGAAACGGUGUUAAAUUAGUUGACAUUGAUCAAGAGAAUGGCUUAAUCACCUUGAGGUUGUUGGUCAAUAACUUGGAAGAAUAUUCAAUUGUUGACAAUAUUGAACCUGAAAAGGACAAUAGCAUUGAUGUAACGUUUAGUUAUCAAAACUUGAAAAGUCUAGAUAGCUUCAAGUUUGCUAUUGGUAAAAAUUUUAAAUUCAAUGAGUCUAUUUAUGAGUCAAAUAUCAAAGUAUGCCAGCCGCUUAACAAAAUGUUGAAGGACUACUUUGAUUUCAAUUUUAGCAAAUUGGUAUCACAAGGAUCAGACAGUUUUUCUAAUGUUUUUGAUUUGCUUAGUUUCUUUAGGAAAGCCGUGGGGAUUUUCAAGAGUACCUUUGCCCAAUUAUAUUAUUUUACUAUUAAGUUUAGAGCGAAGUUUGAAAUUGUCGAUCAAGGAGCAGAGAAUAAUAAGAAAUUGCUAGUCGAUAUGAAAAUUUGGGUUAAAUCCCAGAUGUCAAGAAGGACAGUUAAGAUGGAGCUUUCUGGUGACUUUAUGCAAGAUUUGUUUAAAGUGGAAGAUGUUGGGGCAUGA